UGCCCAAUUAUAAUUGAUUAAUUAAUUACUUAAUUAAUUAAUUCUAAAACUGUAAAAGAAAAUAAAAAAAUACUCGUACUCAAAAUAACUCAUAGUGGCGCAGAAACAGUGAUACAAUACUACCUCUUCUUCUCCAUUAUCUUUCUCCAUUUCUCAUUUGUUUUAAGGGGAUUGCAUGUGAGACCUUUUUUUGCUCUUAACAAUGGCGUCCAAGCUCUCUACAUGUUUUCUUACUCAUGGAUGUUCCGGCUUUAACACUAAAUCCUUCAACAUUUCUUUUCCCAAUUUAACAGCUGCUCAUCGUCGAUUGCAUUUCGCUUUUUCUCACCGGGAUUUAAGACAACAGGUUAAAAAAACAUAUCUGCUACAUCCCCGAAUAUAUGCAAACCAGCAACAAAAUGGUGAAACAGAUGUGGAAUUUGAGAAUGCUUCUAACAAUGGCGCUUCAAGCUUAAGACAAGAGAUCAUACCAAAGAAUGAGGUUGUCAACGUCCACAACACCAAAUCAGGAACGCUGCCUCAGACAGAAGGAACCACCUCAGAAGGUUCAUCACAGAAACGAGGGUUAAAGUGGUGGAUUUGGAUUGCGUUCUAUAUAGUUUGUGUCCUUGUUGGACAGUCAGUAGGCAUGUUACUUGGCAGAUUGUAUUUCAAUGAAGGUGGAAGAAACAAAUGGAUGGCAACACUAGUGCAAUAUGCGGGCUUUCCAUUGCUGUUGCCCUUGUACAGCAUUUUACCCAAAGAAAGUACCCAAAAUUCUAAACCAAGUAACGUGCUUUCUCCUCUGAAAACUACAUCAGUUUACGUAUUUUUUGGGCUAUUUGUGGCGGCAGUGGGUAUGAUGUACUCUGUAGGACUGCAAUAUGUACCUGUCUCGACUUUCUCUCUCUUAUGUGCAUCCCAAUUGGCCUUCAAUGCCUUCUUCUCCUUCUUCUUGAAUUCACAGAAGUUCACACCUUACAUCAUUAAUUCUCUUUUCUUGCUUACGAUCUCAUCUACCUUACUCGUAAUUCAGUCUGGUUCCUCCAUUCCUGAAGGAGUUUCAGCGGCAAAUUAUGCCUUUGGUUUCAUUUGUGCUAUUGCUUAUCCAAUGGCAUAUGGAUUGUUGCUUUCCUUGACUGAGUUUGCCUUCCAGAAAAUACUGAAGAAGCAGGACUUUGAAGCGAUUUUGGAUUUGCUACUUCGUCAGUCAUUUAUUGCAAGUUUAAUUGCAGUGGUUGGAAUUUUGUCAACUGGUGAUUUGAAGGCUGUGAAAUUAGAGAUGAAUCAAUUUGGGCUUGGGAAAUUGGCAUAUGUGAUGACCUUGAUUUUCACAUCCAUCAGUUGGCAAGUUUACAACAUAGGUUUAUUUGGAUUGAUUGUUGAAGUGUCAUCCCUGUUCUCCAAUGUUGUUGCUACUCUAGGAUUGCCGAUUGUUCCAGCACUAGCUGUGAUCUUUUUCCAUGACGUAAUGGACGGGAUAAAGGUGGUGGCUAUGUUAUUGGCUAUAUGGGGUUUUGUUUCUUAUGCCUAUGAUCAAUACCUUGACGAGUGUAGUGCAACUGAAACUGUGAACCAAACUAGUGCAUCUGGAACAUUUGAGAACAAAAAUUAACUGAUCAACUCAAAGUCGGGAAAAAAAAUACACCUAGCCAUCCAGUUCCUGGACUGGCCUAGCUAGUAUAAUCCCGAUUCUAUCUUCUGCUACUUCUGGUGGUGAUCUCCGAACAACAGUAGAUCUGCGAGGGUAUUAGUUUAGAUCUUCUCAUCAGAGGUGUUCGCUUCUUUUUUUUGGGUGUUGAGUGUUGGAGGGAGAAAGAAUUCGUAUCAACAGCCUGAUUUCAUAAACCCUAAUUCCUGUUAUGUACAUGUAUGACAAUGCAUUUUAAUGUAUGUAUUUUAAUCUUUUUCUGCCCAUGUAUUUAUUUAUCUUUUCCCUCAGAGCAAGUCUUCUCUUCGUCUGAAGAUUACGAAGACACUGGAAAGCAGUUUAUGCUACUUAUUUUUCCAGCA